UUGAAGUAUUGGGUGCAACAACAAUGGAAAGCUCUCACUCCUUGUAUCUCGGACUAAUCCUCCUUGGUGCAGUGCUUCUCCAGACAGUUGCUGUGGCCAUUAGCUUUCUGUACUUCAACUAUGCUCUCAGCACGGUAAAACAAGCUUUUUCAAGGAGCAGCGUUUCGUGUCUGAUGGGAACAAGUAUUCUAUAUGACAAAGAAGAAAGAAAGUAUGACCCCUGCUGGCAAAUACUGCAACAACUACAGUAUCGAAUUGAAAAGACUAUGGCUUUUGAAAAGGCAACGUUUAAUACAGAAUUCAACUCUGAUGUGAGAGGUGAGUGGAUUUCACCUUCAACGGUCGAGAAUUAUGUCUAUGGCCAUCGUCCUGAAAUUGCAGCCCACCUAACAGCUAGGCCUACGUUUUUGACAAAAGAAGACACAGAUAUUGAAAGUCCACCCAGCAACGCGAAAGUCCUGGGCCAAAAAAUUGAGGCCUGGGAGUUUCAAAGAGGCCUUGCUUUCCAGAGCAAUCUGGUGAUGAGCGAUGGGGAGCUGAUCUUCCCCCAAGCCGGUCUCUACUACAUCUACUCCCAGACCUACUUCAGGCUCUCACAGCAGGAAUCAGAGGAAGAGUAUGGAGAGGUACUCCAGUACAUCUACCAGAAGAUGAGCUCUUAUCCUGUGCCCAUCCUUUUAAUGAAGAAUGCAAGGACCACUUGUUGGUCCAGGGACCAGGACUACGGCCUUUAUUCCAUCUAUCAGGCCGCUGUCGUCCCACUGAGUACUGGUGACAGAGUGUUUGUGACAGUCAGCAACAUCAGCACCUUAGACAUGGACGAGAGGACAAGCUUUUUUGGGGCCUUCCUGGUUACUUGAUGAGACUGUAUUGACACAGGGAAUGCUUGAAUUGUGGGUUCAAACUGUGUGACUGUGAAUAACUUGGCUAAAAGGUUUCUGUACAGGGGUUCCUCUUGCAGUUCUAAAAUGAGAACAGCACAGGGCCACAAACAAAGCAAGAUACAAACAAAGCAAAGAAAGCAAAUAAGCAGAGCUGAGAUGCCAUCUGUUCUCCUGAUAUUUGUCAUCCACACAGAUUGUGUUCCAAGUAUUACAGAGGGAUCUCCAUGGAAACACAUCACUGGAUGCCCCAGUUGUCAAUACUCCAUUACACCGCAAUAAUGGAAAACUAUAUAUAUAUAUAUAUACAAUAAAUAAAUAUAUAUAUAUAUAUAUUUUUUUUUUUUUUUAAAACAGACUAUCAUAGUGGUUCUGCAUUAGCCACCAUAAUGGCCCUCUUCUCUAACAUUGGAAUUACACAUUUCCAAAGACUUAUUAACCCUUACACAACCAAAGACUGCAUUAGGCUACAUCUGAUGUUCCCAUGGUGUGAGUGUGAGCAUGAGGUGAUUU